AUGUCAAAUGUCCUGGUUCAAAUAUCUGAUGCCGUAUUGAACCCACCACCUGAAGGUAAAUAUAGUAAUUUGAAAAAGUGCAUUCUAGAGCGCUACUGUGAAAGUGAAACUAAGAAAACGCAAAAACUACUCGCAGAAGUCGAUUUAGGGGACAAACGACCAACGCAACUUUUAAAUGAAUUGAGCGUGCUUGCUAAAGACAACGUUACUCGUGAAUUUUUGAAAACCUUAUGGUUACAACGUUUACCAGCACAAAUUAGAGCAAUCUUAAUGGCGUCUGAUGCCGAUUUAAACGAAUUAGUUAAAUUAGCAGACAAAAUAAUGAAGGUAGGCGAAUUUAAACAUGUAGCGGCUGUGGCGACAUCACAAGUGUCACAAGUAUCUAAUAUUGACAAACGAAUAGAGUGCCUCGAGCAGCAAAUGAAUAGACUUUGCAUGAAAGACAACAACUACUGGCGCCGUUCACGAUCUUCUUCUGCUAAGCGUCAGAGUUCCAGUCGUCAUCAGAAGGCGUUUACUUAA